GUAACGCAUCGGAAUCUCACUGUUUAUCGACGUUACCAGGAUGGUAGGAUUUAAAACCCUACCAAAACUGUGCGUCGUUGUGGCAUUUGGGUACUCUGCUACGGUUAGAUCUACCGGUGUAGCCCAGGAACAAUCCAAGAAGGAAUCUUUCGUUAGCACAUUCAUCAGCAAGGGAGACGAAACUACAACAGAGCCUCUAGAGGUUCCAGAGACUCAACCAGGAGAGCCGCCUAGGUACUCUGUUGAAUGGUAUCUGUUACCAAAACCGGAAAGUAGAAAAGAACUUCGUAAACAGUUGCCAUGGUAUUUGGCCAAAGUGGUUCCAGAAGACUGUAAUGUAUCCAUAACGCCCCAAUUGGGAAAACGUAUUAGGAGGUAUUUUUCAGUAUGUUCCGUUGAAUGGUACUUUUUACCUGAGCCGGUAUGCAGAACUGCCCUACGUAAUUCAUUACCAACUUAUUUGGCAGCAAUGGUUCCAGAGGACUGUAGCAAGCCAAUCAUGUCCAUGGUAGAGAAACGUAUUCGGAAGUUUUUAUCACUGAGUCAAGACGAGCAGAGGUGAAGGCUCCUCUCUUCAUAUGGUCUUUAUUAUUAAGGUAACA